AUAUAAGAAACAAUACCAAAAAUAUAGACAUAUUCAUUACCAUUUUUGGGUUAUUAGAGAAGGACAUGGGAACUUUGGUUGGGCACGUAGCACCAGGCCUUGCUUUCUUGGUCAUAGGCUUAUGGCAUCUCUUUAACCACACAAAGCUCCAUAUUCUUCACCCAAAUUCCUACACUUCACCACUAUGGUUCCCAACAACCAAGCUCAGAUACGCCGAGCUCUUCCUCAUCAUGGCAAGCAGUGCAGCCUCCAUCACCAUGGAGCUCUUUGUUGGCCCCAAAAAGCACCAACCACUAGACCCCGACGGCACCAUUCCCACCAACCAUCUCCACAACUUCGAGCACGCCUCCAUUUCCCUCGCCAUCUUCGUCUAUGCAGCCUUAGUCGUCGUUCUCGAUCGAGUUCUGCCCAAGGCUCCGCGCAGCUUGGCCUACCUCCUUGCCUCGAUGGCCUUUACACAAGAGCUUCUUCUCUUUCACCUUCAUUCUACUGAUCAUCAUGGCCCUGAGGGCCAAUACCAUUUCUUUCUCCAACUUGUCAUUUUCGUGUCUUUGGCCACAACCCUAAUGGGAAUAGGAUUCCCUAAUAGCUUCGCGGUCAGUUUUGUGAGGUCUCUUAGUAUAUUUUUCCAAGGUGUUUGGUUUAAUUUUUUGGGUGUUAUGUUGUACACUCCUCAGCUUUUGUCUAAGGGUUGCUUUUUGUAUGAAGAAGAUGGUCGACUAGUGAUCAAGUGUUUGGGAGAAGACGCACUUCAUAGGGCAAAGUCACUUAUAAACCUUGAGUUCAGUUGGUUCUUGGUGGGAAUAGCAAUUUUUGGAGUGUCGUUUUACUUGGUUAUUGUUAAGAUUUAUGAGGAUGAAAAAGUUGAGUAUUUUCCUUUGGGAAGGAAAGAAGUGGAGCAUGAAGGAGAAGAAUUUUUAAAUCAUUAUGAUGUUGAAUCUCAAAAGUAAAAAAAAAACAUGCUUAUCAAGGACUGCCAAAUCCUAUUAUCUACCAUUCUUAAUGUCAAGUUAUUUUGGAUAAGACGAUCAGCAAAUCGAGUAGCACAUCAUGUUGCUAGACAUUCUUGAUUUUACCCUGGUUGUAGCAUUUCUGAGUUUUCUAUUACUGCUGAA